AUGGGAUUCGAUGGAUCAUUAAGACCAAAACAACCUCGACCAUACUCACAACCGCCACCAUCAACUGUAGGAAUUGCAUCGAACGGAAAUCAAGCGUAUAAUCGUGCAGUUGGACCACCGACUCAUCGAGCAGUACCCUCUAUGUCGGGAUCACCUGGAGUUUCUCAGGCGGCUGCUUCCACGCCAGGGGCAGAUUCUCUUCAGCAACUGCCAAUUCCACCGCCUCCAACAAAUCGUCCAUUGUCUGCUUAUGAUAUGCCGCCACCUGAAGAGCCAUCGAAAAAAAUGGAAAUUGAAGUUAUCAAAGAGGUGAAUAAAAAAGAACCGAGCUUAGCAGAACGUGUUACCUCUCUCAAAGCCAAUGGCGUUGGUUUUGAUGUUGAUUUUGUGAUUGGUGCAACAUCAAAUACUGCACAUUUCGAAGUGCAUCGUAUUGUGAUGGCUGCAGGGUCAAAAAUACUUGAGAGAAUGCUUUUCAGUGAAGCUGAAUCUUCGUCACCAAUGAUUAAGAAACGGAAAGGACCAGAUUUGAACUGUCCGGUAGUUACAAUAUACUUCUCUGAUGUUGAUCCAGUUGCGUUUCAAACAAUUAUUGAUUAUAUUUAUUCGGAUUUCGACGAAACUGCGAUUAAAAUUGCAGAAUCAGCUGUGCUUAACACACUUUAUGCUGCAAAAAAAUUCGAAAUAGCAGCAUUAGAAAAACAUUGUGUUGAACUGCUCGGUGAAUUGACACCGUCGUUAGCAGUCGCACUUUUGGAACAAGCGGUUAAUUUUGGUUCUGAAGAACUGCUGGAACGAUGUCAUCAAGUUAUCGAUGAACGAAGCGACGAAGCGCUUUCAUCGGACUCACUUGCCAAUAUCAGUAUUGACACCUUGAAAAAAUUGGUUAAACGUUCAGAGCUCUCACCGUCGGGGGAAUUGUCAGUUUUUAGAGCAGUGUGUAAUUGGGCAACAGCGGAAUGUAAACGUCGUGGAAUUGAUGAAACAUCAGAAAACAAACGCCUCGUUGUUGACGAUGUUCUCAAUGAUGUGCGAUUUCCGACAAUGACUGUUGAAGAACUGGGUGAAGCAGCAAACUCUGGUCUUUUGAGUGAUCUGGAAAUUGGUAUUCUCUUUCGUUACGUAACAUCCACGGUUCAUGUGGGUAUCGAUCUGCCAUAUCCCACACAUGAACGAAGGAUUUUGAGUCGAUCGCGAUACGUAGUGCGACGUUUCAUGAACUUAAAUAAAAAUACAUGCAAAAAACAACGCAGUACAAUUUGGUAA